AUGUCUUCUUUAUCGCUUUGUGGUAUUCUUGAACCUAGAAAACUAGUUGAAGCCAAUUAUGAUGAUUGGUACCACAACUUGAGAAUUGUUCUCAUGCAUGAGAAGCUUAUUGACACUAUUGAUAAGCCUCCCAUGGAAGCACCUGAUCUGAGUGAUGCUAAAGCAACCAAGGUUUUUCAAAAGUACCUAGAUGAAUGCCUUACUGCUAAGUGCAUUAUCUUGGCAUCAAUGAGUUCAGAACUCCAGAGGCAACAUCAAGACAUGGACCCAUAUGAGAUUGUCGAACAUCUUAAGAAGAUGUACGGUGGUCAAAGCAGGAUGACUAGAUUUCAGUUAUCUAAGGCUCUAUUUAGAUCCUCACUUGCUGUAAAUGAAAAUGUUGGACCCCAUGUUGGACACAAACAAAUAAAAUUUUGUUAG